CACAGAGCUCAGCUUGGACAUUUCCUGCACUGUGAUUCCAAGUCCUCAAGGUGUCUGCCAGGAUGGGGACCAUGCCCAUCUGCAUCUUGGCACUCUUACUCUGCUGGACGCUCAAGGUGGAGACAGGAGCAGCCUGGAAUCAAAAUCACAUCAACAGCAUCUGCAGCACCUGGGGCAAAGACCACUUCAAGACCUUCGAUGGCGAUGUGUAUCAAUACCCAGGCUUGUGCGAGUACAACUUGGCCUCUGACUGUCAUGAGUCUUUCCUGGAAUUCUCUGUACACAUGAAGAAGGCCCUGGUUGACGGUCAUCCAUCCAUCAGUCGAGUGGUGGUCACCAUCAAGGACCUGGUCAUCAUUCUCAGCAAGAACUUGGCUACCGUCAAUGGAGAAAAGGUGGUGAUGCCAUACUAUGGCUCAGGCGUCUUGCUGGAGCGGAACCCGACCUACACCAAGGUCACCGCCAAGCUGGGCCUCAGCGUCCUGUGGAAUGGGGAAGAUGCCGUGACGCUGGAACUCAGUUCCAAAUACGCUAAUCGCACCUGUGGCUUGUGUGGGGAUUUUAAUGGCAUUCCUCUCUACAAUGAGUUCCUUCUGGAGGGUCUUGAAAUCAGCACCAUUGAGUUUGGCAACCUGCAGAAGGUUCACAUUCCCACUGAGGACUGUGAGGACCCUCUUGAAGAAGACAUUGAAGAUACGGCAGUUAAUACCUGCUCUGGUUUCCUUGCCAGAUGUGCCCAGAUGCUGCAGGCAGACUCAUGGAGCUCUUGCACCAGAGUAUUGAGCCCGGAGCCCUAUAUCCAGGCCUGCGCCCAGGACUUGUGCAGCUGCGGAGAUACGCUGGAUGACUUCUGCCUGUGCAGCACCCUUGCCGAGUACUCUCGACAGUGCUCCCACGCCGGCGGCACUCCACCCAACUGGAGAACACCUGACUUCUGUGUUAAGAAGUGUCCCUACAACAUGGUGUACCUGGAGAGCGGCUCGCCAUGCCUGAACACCUGCACCAACACAGACACCAAGUCCCUGUGUGAUGAGCACAGUGUGGAUGGAUGUUUCUGUCCUGAAGGGACGGUGCUGGACGACAUCUCGGACAGGGGUUGCAUACCGCAGGAUCAGUGCCAGUGCUUCCAUCAGAGGUCCUAUGAAACUGGGGAGACGCUGCUGCUCGAGCAUGAGGAGUGCACCUGUAACCAGGGGAUGUGGUCCUGUAAGAAGCUGCAGAGAGCAGGCGAAUGUGCUGUAGAGGAAGGCUCACACAUCACCACCUAUGAUGGCAGAACUUUCACCUUCCACGGAGACUGCUACUACGUCCUCUCCAGGGACUGUGAAGGAUCUAAGUUCACGGUGUUGGGCCAGCUGGUUCCCUGUGGCAUCCAGGAGAGCGACACGUGCCUGAAGACAGUGGUGUUAAUUCUGAAUAAUGACAAGAGCAACGCCUUGGUGUUUAAAUCUGAUGGAAAGGUGACCCACAAUGCAGAAAUCACUUUGCCAUACUGGACAGCUGAUCUGACUCUCUUCAGACCAUCCUCCUUCCACAUCCUGCUUCAGACCAGUUUUGGGUUACAACUCAGCAUCCAGCACGUUCCCGUCAUGCAACUGUAUGUGACUGUGGAUCCAGCCUAUCAGGGAAAGACAUGUGGUCUGUGUGGAAACUUCAAUAUGGUUCUGUCUGACGACCUGAUGACCCCCCAGGGCUUAGUGGAAGGCACUGCCUCCUCCUUUGCCAGCUCUUGGAAGACCCAGGGCAGCUGUCCAGACAGAGCCGACCGUUUGGAUGACCCCUGCUCUUACAGUGUGGAGAAUGAGAACUAUGCUGAACAUUGGUGCUCCUUGCUAAGGGACCGUAAAGGCCGGUUUGCUGCAUGUCAUGCAGAGGUUGACCCUGAGAGCUUCUACAAAAGGUGCAAGUACUCAAGCUGUAACUGUGAGCGGAGCCAGGACUGCCUGUGUGCUGUGUUUUCCUCCUAUGUGCGAGCUUGCACAGCCAAGAACAUCAUCAUCCAGGACUGGAGAACUGAUGUCUGUGAUAAAUACAGCGAGAGCUGCCCCGCCUCCCAGACCUUCUUCUACCAGCUGCAAGAAUGCCAGCGCACAUGUCGCUCCUUGGCGUCCGAAGGCCAGGGCUGCUCCACAGACUUCCUCCCUGUGGAUGGCUGCUCCUGCCCCGAGGGUCUUUAUCAGGAUGACCGGGGUAUCUGUGUCCCCAUGGCAAAAUGUCCCUGCUAUCACAAUGGUGACCACAUCAAGCCUGGCAAGACUAUUACCAUAAAUAAUGAGCUCUGCAUGUGCACCAACGGAAAGCUGCGCUGUCAGUCUUGGAAGCUUCGCUCACAGAGCUGUGCCCCUCCCAUGGAGUUCUUCAGCUGCUCCACAGCCAAUCAGACGGAAAUGGGCCGAGCCUGUGCCAAGACCUGCAGGAACCUGAACAUCGAAUGCUUUGCAGAAACAUGCGAGUCUGGGUGCUUCUGCCCCAACGGCCUGGUGGACGACGGUCAGGGAAACUGUGUCCAGGAAGAAGACUGCCCAUGCUCUCACGAUGGGAAGAUCUACGCCUCCGGCACCCGGCUGCCAUACAUGUGCAACACAUGCACCUGCAAGCGAGGGAUGUGGGGCUGCACACAGGAUAAAUGCUCGGGCACCUGCACCAUCUACGGCAGCGGACACUACUCCACCUUCGACGAGAGGCAGUUCGGCUUCCAUGGAGACUGCGGCUACGUCGCAGUGCAGGACAAGUGUGGGAACACAACAGGCAAAGGCAAAUUCAGUGUGAUAACUGAGAAUAUUCCAUGUGGGACAACAGGAACCACUUGCUCCAAGUCAGUCAAGAUUUACCUUGGGAGGACAGAAGUGAUGUUAGCAGAUGGCAAGUAUGAGGUCAUGGACCUGGAAGAGGGUCCCGCAGUGAUGUACCGGGUCAGAACCGUCGGCUUGUACCUGAUUGUGGAGUCCAGCAUAGGCAUUGCAGUGCUCUGGGACCGCAAGACAUCUGUGCGCAUCAUCUUGGAGCCGGAGCACAUGGGAGCAGUAUGUGGUCUUUGUGGGGAUUUCGACGGAAACGGAAUGAACGACUUCAAGACCCAGAGCCAGCUGCCCGUGAGCAGCUCCCUGGAGUUUGCGAACAGCUGGAAGGUGUCUCCAUUCUGUCCUGACGCUGGAGCUGACCUUGACCCCUGCAUCCUGAACCCCAACAGACAUAACUGGGCCAAACUGCAAUGUAGCAUCAUCAAAGGAAGGACCUUCGAAGUCUGCCAUGAGAAGGUGGACCCCCAACCAUACUUUGACAACUGCGUGAUGGACUCGUGCGCCUGUGACACCGGGGGCGACUGCGAGUGUUUCUGCACGGCUGUUGCCUCCUACGCCCAGGCCUGCAAUGAGGCAGGCGUCUGUGUCGCCUGGAGGACCCCAGACAUCUGCCCGGUUUUCUGCGAUUAUUAUAACAGCCCCGAUGAGUGCGAGUGGCAUUAUAGCCCCUGUCAUGUACCCUGCUACAAGACCUGCCUCAACCAAAAUGGCACCUGUGACUCCGCUCUCCCAAAACUGGAAGGCUGUUACCCCAGAUGUCCACCAGAAACACCAAUAUUUGAUGAGAAGAAUCAGAUGUGUGUGGAACGCUGUGAUGGAUGCUAUAUUAAUGGAACUGAGUUCAGUCCUGGAGAUGAUGUUCCAACAGAUGAACUUUGCACGUCAUGUGUCUGUGACGGAUAUGAAAACAUCACCUGUGUCCAAAAACCAGGAUGCUGCGUGUACAAUGGAACUGAAUACAAAGACAAUGAUGUCAUUUAUGAUGUCAGUGACAACAUGGGGAUGUGCUACUUAGCUAUCUGCAUAAAUGAAACUGUGAUAUUCACAGAAACGCCAUGUAGUCCAGCACCACCAACAACCACCACCACAACAAAACCACCUCCACCACCAACUACCACUACAACAGAAACACCUCCACCACCAAGCACUACAACAGAAACACCUCCACCACCAACAACUACCACUACAACAGAAACACCUCCACCACCAAGCACUACAACAGAAACACCUCCACCACCAACAACUACCACUACAACAGAAACACCUCCACCACCAAGCACUACAACAGAAACGCCUCCACCACCAACUACUACCACUACAACAGAAACACCUCCACCACCAACUACUACCACUACAACAGAAACACCUCCACCACCAACUACUACCACUACAACAGAAACACCUCCACCACCAACUACUACCACUACAACAGAAUCGCCUACAACAACUGCAGAACCCCCUGAUCUGAUUGUAACUGGUUCUCCAGUCUCAACUGCUGUUCCAUCACUUCCUCAAGUAAAUUCAACAUCACCGUCUACAACGUCUUCAAGCCCAGCUGGACCCACACCAUGUUUUUGUGAAGUUAAUGGGAAUAUUUACAAACCUGGGGACGUCAUAUUUAAUAUGACACACAUUGGAGCUGGACUCUGCCUCACCAUGAUCUGCUCUGAUGUUUGUGAGCUCCAAAAUACGACAGGACCGUGUCUUAAUCCCCCAACUCCGACUCCUCCUGUCCCCGACUGCCCCGAGUGGGACAAAAUGCAAAAUGAGACGUUUCUCCUCUGCAACUGCACGCUGGCUAGAUGCAUUGAGGAUAACAUCAUUGAGAUAAUCCCAUACGAAUGUCCACCUCUGGAGGAGAUCGAAUGUGCUAAUGGCAAAAAGCCAGUGUUGGUGUUUGAUGAGGACUAUUGCUGCCAACAUUACGUGUGUGACUGCUUCUGUGAAGGCUGGGGAGACCCACACUACAUAACAUUCGACGGGCAUUUCUACAGCUUCCAGGGGAACUGUACAUAUGUGCUGAUGGAGGAGAAAACACCUAAACACAACCUGAACAUCUACAUAGACAAUGUGAACUGUGACCCCGGGGAGGAUGUGUCUUGCCCCAGGUCCAUCGUCGUGGCCUAUGGCACUCUCGUCGUCACGUUAAAGAACCACAAUGUGAUUGGUGCCCCCAAGAUGGAGGUUAUUGUGGACGGAACCCCAGCACGCCUGCCCCUUGUGCAUGGUGGCGUUAAGGUUCUUUCCAGUGGUCUUACCAUGAUCCUUGAGAUCCCCUCGUUGGAGGUGGUGGUGACUUUUGGCGUAACUGGGUUCAGCAUCAGCCUGCCUUUCAAGCACUUUGGCAAAAACACCCAGGGACAAUGUGGUACCUGCAACAACAACCCAGCCGACGACUGCAUGCUGCCCAGUGGCCAGCUGGUGGAGAGCUGUGCGCUGAUGGGAGACCACUGGCCCAUCCCGGACAUCCACAGGCCUGAAUGCAUACCACCCAGUGGUCCCAAGCCUCCAGUUCCAGAGGCUACAUACGAGCCCUGCACACCGGAUUCUCUCUGCGACUUGCUGAACAGCAGGCUGUUCGCUGACUGCCACCCCCUGAUCCCCCCCGAUAACUUCUAUAAAGGCUGUGUGUUUGAUAGCUGCCACAUGUCUAACCCCACUGUGGAGUGCACUAGCCUUCAAAGCUACAGUGCCGCCUGUGCCCAAGCUGGCAUCUGCAUCUACUGGAGGAACUACACCACCAAGUGUGCUGCUGACUGCUCUGGAGAUAAGGUCUACAAGCCGUGUGGACCAGCAGAACCACCGACCUGUCAGGAUAAUCCUGAGGACUCAAGCACCAUUGUCGUGACUGAGGGCUGCUUCUGUCCCGAUGGCAUGAAGCUCUUCAGCAAGGAGACUGAUAUUUGUGUUGAAAAGUGUGGAUGUUUGGAUCCAGAAGGUGUGCCUCGAGAGUUCGAUGAAGAGUUCCAGUACAAGUGCCAGGACUGCGUCUGCGACCGGGUCUCAGGGCUGGUGAGAUGCAGGCCCAGCGUGUGCCCCCCCCCUACGGUGACCUCCUGCAGCGUGCCAGGCUUCAUUCUCGUCAACGAGUCCAACCCCGUGAACCCCUGCUGCUCCAGCCUAGUCUGCCGCUGUGACAGCAGUACCUGCCCGGAGAAGGACCACAGCUGUGGGGCUGGAUUUACUCCAGUGGUCUCGGUGCCUCCUGAGAAAUGCUGUCCCGAACACACAUGCGAGCCAAAGAAGGUCUGCCUACACAAACAAGUAGAAUACCAGCCUCAUGCCACAGUGGUCAUGGCUGGCUGUCAAAAUUGCACCUGCACCACUGAAGAAGACCCCAGCACUGGACUCUACCAGAUCAAAUGUCUGCCCAUCCUUUGCAACCAAGACUGUGACCCGGGGUAUAAAUACAUGGAGCUGAGCAUGUAUGACUGUUGUGGGAAGUGUGUCCAGACACACUGCAUCAUUGACAUCAAUGGCACCAUGCAUCUGCUGCAGCAUGGAGACACAUGGUCCCCGGCAGAAAAUAAGUGUGAAGUGUACAGCUGCGUGAGGAUCAAAGACACCUUUGUUAGCACCAUCUCCAGCAUCCAGUGCCCACCCUUCCACGAGGCCAACUGCCAGCCGGGCACGAUUCAGACAGCCGCUGACGGCUGCUGCAAAGUCUGUGUGGAGAAAGCGAGGGCGUGCAAGGUGGAAAGUAUGCACAGACAUAUCUUCUACCAGGGCUGCCAGUCUGCGGAAAAGGUGGAAAUGACCUACUGCGAGGGGGCCUGCAACACCUUCAGCAGGUACUCCAAGGAAAUGUUCUCCAAGGAAAUAUUCUCCAGGGAUAGUUCCUGCACCUGCUGCCAGGAGCUGCGUACCAGCAACCGCACUAUCAGUCUGCAGUGCCUGAACGGGGACGUGCUGCCGUACACGUACCUGCACGUGGAGGACUGCCACUGCAAGGUCAGCGACUGCUUCCCCGUCGCUGCCGGCCUGCCGCUGCCACUGCCGCCGGAGUAGUGAACACACCGCGCCCAGACCGCCUUGCCAUCAUCACGCUGAACCAGCUUCCGCUACCCUAUUUAACGCUGUGAUGUCUUUUCCUGAUUUGUUCAGAAACAUGAAUUAUCUUGCUUAUGCUAAUUAAA